AUGCCUAUGACUGAGUCCAAGAAGGCUCUCGCAGCGAGUAUAUGCGCAUAUCUACAACAGUCCAUCGACGAAGGCACUGUACCUAGCAACAGCGCAACAGACAUCCAACAAGCCAUCACCUCCAUUUCAACAGCUUUUGGAACAGACGGGGUCCCAGCGACCGGUGCAGGUCUUGAGCAAAUCUAUGCAGUCUAUGAAAAGACUCAAAAGUCACGGAGUCGACCUGAUACGACCGCAGCAGCAGCAGCAGCAGCAGUAGCAGAAACGACAGAACCAUCAGCUGAAGAUGUCAAAGCCGCCGAGAGUUUCAAGUCUCUUGGAAAUGCAGCCAUGACUAAGAAGGAUUACAAGGAAGCGGUGGCGCAGUACUCAAAAGCGCUCGACUUGGUACCACGAGCAAAAGUCUAUCUCAGUAAUCGCGCAGCUGCGUAUUCUAGCUUGGGAGAGCAUGAGCUUGCAGUACGGGAUGCACGCAAGGCAUGUGAUGUGGAUCCGACGUACGGUAAAGCGUGGUCACGAUUGGGACAUGCGCUGUAUGUCAGUGGUGAUGUGGAAGCUGCGAAGAAGGCGUAUGAGCAAGGUUGUACCGUUGAUCCUGGAAGUGAGAUUAUGAAGCGUGGUUUGGAGACGUGUUCACGCAAAUUGCAGGAUUCACAGCAGGCAACGACGAGGAAUGGUCCUGCGAAUGGCACAGCAGGUGGUAUGCCUGAUCUCGCUGCCAUGGCCAACAUGUUUGGUGGUGCAGGUGGUGCAGGUGGUGGUAUGCCAGACAUGUCAGCCAUGAUGAACAACCCGGCCUUCAUGAGCAUGGCACAGAACCUGAUGCAGUCUGGCGCGCUCGAGGGACUCCUCAAUAACCCGCGCAUGGCACAGAUGGCCGAGCAGAUGCAGCAGGGAGGCGGUAUGCCGGAUGUUCAGAGCAUGAUGCAGGACCCGGAGAUACGCAACAUGGCAGAGACCUUUGGCCGCAACAUGGGCUUGGACCCAGAGGAGCUGAGAAGGCAGCAGCAGCAGCAGCAGCAGCAGCAGCAGCAGCAGAACGAAGAUGGCGACCCAUAA